GUUUUCCCUUCCUCUUCCCUCUUCCUUCACUUUACUCAACAUGCUUUCUGUUGCUGCUCGUUCUCGCACAGCCAUCUCUGUAGCAAGCUCUCGCUCUUUCCUUUCUACAUGGUCUGCAGUUCCUCAAGGCCCUCCCGAUGCCAUUCUCGGUGUCACUGAUGCUUUCAAGAAGGAUAAUGAUCCUCGCAAGAUGAACUUGGGUGUUGGUGCCUACCGUGAUGAUAAUGGCAAGCCUUUUGUUUUGAGUUCCGUUCGCAAGGCCGAUAAAAUUAUCCUCGAGAAGGGUCUUGACAAGGAAUAUGCUGGCAUUACUGGUUUGCCCGAUUUCACCAAGGCUGCCGGUGAGCUCGCUUAUGGUGAAGACAGCGCUCCCAUCAAGGAGAAUCGCUUGGCUAUCACCCAAUCCAUCUCUGGAACUGGAGCACUUCGUAUUGGUGCUGCUUUCUUGAGCAAGUGGUAUCCCCAUGCCAAGAAGAUCUUCCUUCCCAAUCCUACCUGGGGUAACCACAUCCCGAUUUUCGGUGACUCUGGUAUGCAGGUCGAGAAGUACCGUUACUUUGACAAGUCUACCAAUGGAUUGGACUUCGGCGGUAUGAUUGAUGAUCUCAAGAAUGCUCCCAAGAACUCAGUUGUUUUGCUCCACGCUUGUGCCCAUAACCCCACUGGUGUUGACCCUACUCAAGAGCAAUGGGAUGAGAUUGCUCAAGUCGUCAAGGAACGUGAGCACUUCUCUUUCUUCGACAUGGCUUACCAAGGUUUCGCCUCUGGUGACUGCACUCGCGACGCUUAUGCCCUUCGCAAGUUCGUUGAUGGCAACCACCCCGUUGUCCUCUCUCAAUCCUUCGCCAAGAACAUGGGUCUCUAUGGUGAACGUGUUGGUGCUUUCUCUGUUGUCUGCGGUGACGCUGAGGAGAAGGCUCGUGUCGACUCUCAAGUCAAGAUUUUGAUUCGCCCCAUGUACUCCAACCCUCCCAUCAACGGUGCUCGUCUCGUCAGCACUGUUUUGAACACUCCUGAAUUGAAGCAGGAAUGGCUCGGUGAAGUCAAGACCAUGGCUGAUCGUAUCAUUGACAUGAGACACAAGUUGAGAAACCACCUUGAAAACGACUUUGGUUCCAAGGUCCACUGGAGCCACAUCACCGACCAAAUCGGUAUGUUCUGUUACACUGGUUUGAAGCCUGAGCAAGUUGACAAGCUCCGUGAUGACUGGCACGUCUACCUUACCCGUGACGGUCGUAUCUCCAUCGCUGGUAUCUCUUCCCACAACGUCAAGUACCUUGCUGAGGCCAUCCACAACGUCACCAAAUAAGUGCAGCAAUUGAUAUAUGAAGAAAAGGAACAUCCCCCACUCUGACCAUACACUCUAAAAAAAUGCUAGUUAGGAUACAGUUUCGAUAUGGAUACAGUUUUGAAUGAUUAAUUGUAUAUUU